CCUGCCUCCUUAUACUUAACAGUGCGCUGCCUGGCGCUAGCAGUACGUAAGUGCUAGCUUCCAAUACCUAUGGCAACCCUGGUAUGCCAUUUGCAACGGGUCAAUAACCGCCGACCUCAGCAAGUGCAUUUCCUGUUUCGUUGUUAAUCGGCCGUUUGGUACGGGCAUCUAACAUUUCCCUACACACUUACGUCGAGACUUUGACGUCGGAUCGGAUAUCACCACGCACUCAUAAGCAACUGCAACCCGGAUCUCUCUGGUCUCACACGCUCGCAUCGAACGAGAGAUUCAAAAAGACAGUUGAAAUGAAGGUCAAGAUCAAAAAGUGGAACGCCGUCGCGACUUGGCGAUGGGAUCUCCCAGAAGACGAUGUCUGCGGCAUCUGCCAGGUCCACUUUGAUGGCACAUGCCCGACUUGCAAAUACCCGGGCGACGAGUGCAGCCUGUUGUCUGGGAAAUGCGGUCACAACUUUCACAUGCAUUGUAUCCUCGAGUGGAUAAAACAGGACUCUGCCAAAGGCCAAUGCCCCAUGUGCCGCCAAAAAUUCGAAUGGAAUGGUCGCCCCUAUGCUACCGAAACGUCACUGGCCGACACGAUCCAAGGCCAAACGCUCGCCGAAAAUUGAUUCCGCGGUACUUGCUAGGGAGCUAUGGAGCUUUCUUGUAACUUCCCUCCAGCCUAAGAGUUAUAAACAGUUAUGAAUAAGCAAGCUUUUUCUAUACACAAAC